AUGAGGAAGUUUGAGUCAGAAGCUGCAGGGCGUCAGUCAGUCCUCAUCCCCGUCAGAGUCUGCAUGCAAGACCCAAACCAGGUUUCUGGACUCAGACGUUGUUGUCCUUGGUGUUUGACCCUAAACCCCCCCGCCCCCCCCCCCCUCUCUCCGGCAGUGGUGGAUCUGGUCUACUGGCGGGAUGUGAAGACCACGGGCGUGGUGUUCGGCGCCGGGCUGCUGCUGCUCCUCUCGCUGACGGUGUGCAGCAUCGUGAGCGUGUGCUCCUACAUCGGCCUGGCCCUGCUCUCCGUCACCAUCUGCUUCAGGAUAUACAAAGGCAUCCUGCAGGCCAUCCAGAAGUCCGAUGAGGGGCACCCGUUCAAGUGAGUACCCCCAAAAAU